AUGGAUACUCACCCUACACCACUCAGUACACCUGAGUACAGGACCAGGAUGCCAUAUCCUCAAAAAUUCUGUCAAGCUGAAAAGGACAAGAAAUUUGCUAGGUUUGCGGAUUACCUCAAAACCGUAGAGAUCAAGAUCCCAUUUGCAAAAGCCCUUGAAAAAAUACCCUCCUAUGCCAAAACCCUACCAGAGAAACUUCAAGACCUUGGGAGCUUUGUGAUACCCUGUACUCUCGGAGAUGGUUACACAAGGAAAUCCCUAUGUGAUCUUGGAGCAAGGAUCAAUCUGAUGCCCUUAUCACUACUAAGGAAUCUUGGGACUCAAGAAGUGAAGCCCAUCCGCAUCUGCCUUCAGCUUGCUGAUGGCUCCAUCAAGUUCCCCUCAGGGGUAGUUGAAGACAUGAUUAACACAAGAAUAUUUCCAUCAUUCUUUCUGGCUACAAGAAGAACCUUCAUUGAUGUGCAAAAAGGGGAAGUGACACUGAGAGUCAAUGAGGACCAAUACGUACUCAAUGCUGUCAAAGCUAUGCAGUACCCUGACACCCCAGAGGAAUGUAUGAGGAUUGAUAUUAUCGACCCCCUGGUGGAAGAGGUACAUGCAAUUGAGAGACUCGAGGAGGAGCUGGAUGACAUCCUGGGGGAUGACACGUGA